AUGCGGCUUAUCAAUGUCGAAACUCUCGAGCUAGAGUCCUUCACAGGCGAAUAUGGAGGCUCAAUACCAACAUAUGCGAUCUUAUCGCACGUAUGGACGUCUGAGGAGGUGUCACUGCAGCAAAUGAGCGGACUGAGCCCUCUCCCAGAAGAGUCCAAAGGCUACAGAAAGAUCGUAGACUUUUGCGCAAAGGCUAAAACCGAGGGAUUUGAGUACGGCUGGAUCGAUACCUGUUGUAUAGACAAGACGUCUAGUGCAGAGCUAUCAGAGGCGAUUAACUCGAUGUUCCAGUGGUAUAGGAAGUCUGCAGCGUGCUAUGUCUAUCUCAAUGAUGUCGGCUCCGCCGAGAACCCACGAUCAUCAGACUCGAGGUUCCGCAAAAGUCGAUGGUUCACACGCGGAUGGACUCUUCAGGAGCUCCUUGCACCGCACGAAGUGAUCUUUCUCGCUGAAGACUGGCGUGAGAUUGGUACCAAGGCUAGUCUAAGCGCCACUAUCUCAGAUAUCACCAAGAUCGAUGUAACCACAUUGGUGAAGCAAAGCUGGCCACAUGUCAGCGUCGCUGGGAUCAUGUCCUGGGCAUCAAUGCGGCAGACCACAAGACUAGAGGAUCAAGCCUACUCUCUCAUGGGUCUAUUUGAUGUCAACAUGCCUUUAAUCUACGGAGAAGGCCCCAAAGCUUUCUAUCGGCUCCAAGUCGAAAUCAUGAAGGCAACAAACGACGACUCUCUCUUCGCUUGGUCCACAGAACCCCUUGAAGAUUGCGGUUACUCCCCCAAUGAGGGAGCAUCGACGAGAGGCUUCCGAUUCCUUGGGUUAUUAGCUCCAUCACCGGCUUGUUUCAGAGACUCUCAUAACAUAAAGGCACCUCGAGAUAUCUCUCGAAGUCGCGUGCCGCAGUACGACUUGAUCAAGCAGGAUAUCAGUCUUUCGGCGGUGGUAGUUCGCCUUUGCUCUCUACCAGCUGACCCCAAGCAACUGGGAGAUAUCAACCGGGUGGAUGUAGUCGGCACACUGCGUUUCUCGAAUAACGUGCGGGCAGUAGAUCAUGGUCUCGUUAUUACGCCCGCAAGACGCGACGCAAAGGGAAUCAAAAUAAUGUGCUUGGUUGCGGUUCUACGCUGCUGGAAUAAAGAUGGCUAUAUCGGUAUUCCUAUCAAACGUUUGGCAUCUGGUGCUUAUCAGAGAGUCGAAAACGGGACCCGAUGUCGUUGGUUCAAGGUCCGCUUGAUGCCUUUACGACUGACACUGAAGAGUGAAGAAGAAAAGGCCCCGGACGAAAUGGAUUAUACUCUUAGGCAAUUUGAUUCUGAGAGUAGAGAGAAAGGGCCACCUGCUGAUCCUCCGGAAAACAUCCUCGUGAGGGCCUAUGUACCCUUGGAGUUGCCGUCGAACGGCGCAUACGCCUCUGCUCAAGCCAGCCACCACCGUGCACCACUUCAGUUCCGCUCACUGCCUAUCAGUAAUGGCUAUUACAAGCUACAGGCUUACACUGCAGAUAACUCUACACCACCAGUGCGCGAGUUGCGGCUUCAUCCUCAUGUCAUCGAGAGUAUCAAUGAACGUAUCAAUACUCUGCCGGAAACGAGUAUCAAAGACCCCAUGGCAUCCAAGUGGGGUGCAUGA